CUUCUACCUCGUGUUACUCACCAUCCUACGUUCUUUCCCAGUCAGCUCUAAUCCUUCCCCGUCUUCGACGACGACGGUGCCCGUCCGAUGGUUAUGUCUUCCGGAUCUGGGGGACCUAAACCGCUCGAAAAAGGCGAUGCGCCUCUGGACAAAAGCACCACUAACGGAAACAGCGACGAAACGCACGCGCUAUCGCUACAAGAAGCAACCAGGAAUUCUACAGCGUUAUGGCAGCAGGAUCUGGCGACGCUUUUUCGAAACUCAAAGGAUCGGUUCCCCGACGUGGUAUGGGAGCUCAAGAAUGUCGAGGGUGAAGUGAUCAAGGGUAUUGAAGAAGUCUGGGGACACAAAGCCAUCGUUUACGCUCGCGCGCCGCCGUCGUUCCAGUCUCGGUACUUUUCGUUUCGUCCACAAGACCCGCACCGCGACUCUCCAGGUCUAGGCACUUCCGUCCUCUCGCUCGACUUUCGCGGAUCACCAUCUCCCUUCCACAACGGAACUUCGUCGCCCGCUCCGUCGACCACGGUCGGCGGCAUCACGCGCCUUACUACAAGCAUCAAUUCGGCGCUCUUUUCCAAUGAACUCGAAUACCUCUACACAGGCCAAGGUUUCGGAGAAGCCUUCGAGUUUCUGUUCGAUGAGCAGGGUGGUACUGCGGAGGGUGACGAAGACGGAGAGGAGAUGCGCAUUGAUAAGCUCAGGAAGGAUCUGGUGUUCAUGUGGCGGUCUAGAUUGUACUCGGAUGUGCGGAUUGCACUAGUGAGCAACGGGUCUGUCGCGACGGACCAGGGCGGAGACAGAGAUGAAGAUGAUCACGACAAGCAGAUGCCCGUGUUUUCUUCGCAUCGGUUUAUCCUGGCCUCGCGGUGCCCAUACUUCCACACUGCCCUUCUUUCGUGGCCAGGGCCCCAGAAGCCACUCACGUCUAGCGCAUCGAACCACGAGCCGUUGAUUCUGAAUCUCCCGUCGCCUCCAUUCACUCCAGCCUCUCUGCACUUUACACUUGGAUUUCUUUAUACAGGCACACUGGUCUUCUCUCAUCGCACGUACGAUCUCACCACUGCACUUGCUCUCUUGCAGUCCGCCAACUACCUUUCAAUUCCUGCUUUGUACGAAGAAGUGAGGGGGCGGAUAGUCGUCGAGAUGGCACAUGGGCUUUUCCACGCCGCGCUACCGUUUCCGGCUUACGAAGCCAUGACCGGAGGGGUCUGGGGUGGGGGCGGUUCGCGGUCUCGCAAUGCAUUGCCGAGCUCCACUGGAGGUAGCGUCGGCGGUUGCACGUGCCGUCGCUGCACGCUCAGAAUCCCACGUAUCUUGACGUUUGCUCUGCGGAACGACGUUCACGAUCCCAUCCUCGAACGCGGUUCUCGGCGCGCUUUGGUUGGGCUGUUUGGGCUAGGAUGGUGCACUGAGGAAUUUGGACGACUGGAAGGCAAGAUCCACGCUGCUGCCUUGCGGGGGCUGGCCAAACGCACUUCCGCCGAAAGCGGUAAUGUACUGCGUAUUUUAUGGGCUGCUGAGGCGGCACGCGCGAAAUUGACUGGUGUUGACAACGGCUUGGGCAAAGGCGGAAUGAAACUGGGCGGAUCGGGUCGAGGUGCCCAAAAAAGCGACGAGGAUUGGGUGGAUAUCGUUCGGCCACUUAUUGAAGCAGCAAGAACGCAAGCCGACAAAGUUAUGGCCGAUCAAACUGCAUUGGUGUUUGCCAGCGGGGAGUGGAUGGAGAUCGUCCAGAAUCAGGGUGCCCGCUUCGAUGACGCGGAGCGAGUCGAGUUGUCAAUGCGAAGUAUCGUCAGAGGUUUGAGGGAAUCGAACGCGGGAAGAGUGUAUCAGGCUCUAGUCAAUGUGCUGUUGUUACCGGCGGAGGGGAAUGAGGAGUUUCCUCGUGACCAAAAUGGAUUUCCGGCUCAACCGCUUUUGGCGCAGACAAGCCACGUCCGAGUUCAGGUCGAACAAGCCAGAAUGGAUGUGUUGGCAUGGCUGAAGCGUGGCGGCCACGGUCGUGCCGAUAGGGUUGCACGGGAAGGUGGCUUGGACGGCGUGCAAGGCUGGGCGAUCAGCGAAAUCGCCGAUGCAUUGGAUCUGCGAGCCGACGAUCUGACGGCCGCCAUACCCACAUCAAGCACAAUUUCGGUCCCUAACCAUGCCCGGCAGACCACAGCAUCGACCUCGGCUGCCCAUGCCCGCAAGUCGACUGGUUUACUGAGUGCCCGAGCGCAGGACAGGGAGGAAACCCGGAGCUUGAGCAUUCACACGCAACAGAGCAGCAUGCGGGUCAGUGUCCUCAGCAAGGGUAUCUCGACCCCAACAGCCAGAAGCGUCCGAAAGCAGGAAAGCAGAGAUGAGGAAAUUGGGGAUCGGCCGGACUCGAAGUUGACUCCCCAGAUGGGUGUGAUGGAUCUCGACCGGGAUUCUCCGUCUUCCAGUCCGUCGUCGCCCAAAGUGCCUCUUUCGCCGUCUCCUUCUCCACGACCAGCAGCUCCGACGCGGUCUUUGCCGUCCUCACCGUCAACGACAUCUCUUGCAAGCUCAACGACUGGACCUAAAUACGCUCGUUCAGGCAUCAGCGUCAAUGUUUCCCCUGCCCCGAGACCCCGAAGCUCUGCUAGUACUAGGAGCACAGCCACUGUUCGUUCGACAGCCACGACCAGGGGAUUGACCAGGGGAUUGCAUGUUCCAAGUGCAACCAUAAGACGAACGAGCACUGCCAGCACCUCCAGUGCAGCGGAGUUCAAGACUGCGCUAAGCACAGCUGCGUCCUCGACGAGAUCCCGUUCGCGGCAGAAUUCGGUCUCGUCGACGAGUGUGAGGAGUCGGAAAACGAGUGGAGCAUCAGACGCGUCUGUCUCGGCCACAAGUCCGUCGCGGACAACUCCUGGGCCAACAGCAGCAGCAAAGAAAAGAGUCGGGACACCGAGCAUUCGUAGUGUCGCUGGUGCCAGCGUUCGGAGCACGAGCACGAUGGACACUGCUACCAGUGCGGCGAGACGAAGUGCUACCGCCAAAGAGAAGAAGCCCGAGGUCAAAGUCAUCACAUUGAAGCAUCGGCCCCGGGCUGCCACUGGGGCUAGUACUAAAAGCAACAAAGGGAAAGAGAAGGAGGAAGAGAAACCAGAGAAGCCGCAACCACCGUCACCGCCGACAUCCGAGAUGGACGUGGACAUGGUCUCCAUAUCAAAUGCGUCCGGUACUUCCAACAUUUCCGGGACGACAGACAAGGACCACCGCAAGACGGACAGCACUGCUAGUGUCUCGACAUUGCGCGCCAAGCGACGUGACUCAGCCGCCACAAUCUCGACAGCGACUACCAAACGUCCGGUGACGUCACUGGGCGCGCCCGCUGUACGUGGCGCAAUGCUCGAAAUCGGGAUCCCAUGCAUUAUUUCCACGAAACGACGCCGAUUCAAAGCAUUCGCUCGGUACAUUGGUGAAGUGCAAGGCGAGUCGGGGCCGUGGGUCGGCGUCGAGGUACCUGCCAGCACGGCCGAGUCGCUCAUGUCCAGCCAGCAGUGGAACGACGGCUCAUGGGGUGGAGUGCGCUACUUUGAAAUUGGUGCAUCUGGCGAUGAUUGGGAAUACGGCGAUCGAGCCGAUGAAGGUCGAGCCCGGAGACGGAAGGAGGGAAGCACCAGCACCGUCGGCGUGAAGCGCAGUGGGGACAGCACGCUCUCAGCUGGGCGCUCCACGAAACGCAUCAGGAGCUCUAGUCCCAGUGCUUCAGAUUCUGAAAUCGGAGCAAGGGGUCUCUUCGUCCGGCCAUCGGCGGUCUUGUAUGUCGUCGAUGCUGUGGGUGCGGAUCUGUGAUAAUAGGGGAUACCAACGGUGACAUGCUUUAUACCAGUACCCAAACACUCAUUUUAUUUCUUUUAUUCUCGUUCCCUAAUACAUCCAUUCGUUAAUGUCUAUGUUCCAUUGUUGUACAUACAUCAAUUACAAUGUGUUGUAUCAGGCGAAGACCAAUCCAUGAUGCGCG